UCCCAUUGACAAGAAAAGAAACCUAAAAAAAAAAAGAAAAAGAAAAAGAAAAAGAAAAAAGAAACAGCCGAGCGAAGCAGUCAGUCAAUUGGCCACGCGGGAAAGCGAGCAAGCGAAUAAGCAUGGCCGACCAAGCGAGAGAAAAAGACGAGUUGAAACAUCCACCGGCGCCCUCGACCCCCAAUGCGAGCACCCAUCUAGUCGGCAUCGCCUCCAUGACACCCCAUACGCCCACGCCCAAUACUGGUAGAACUGCUGCUACCAAUACUACUACUACUACUACCAUCACCACCACAACUACAAUUUCCGCUGCUGCCCUCGGCGCUGCCCCAACCGCCGUUGCCCCGGCCGUUCCCCGAGCGGUGCCGGACCCGAUCGACUUCGCCGAGCUCCCGGGCCUCCCGCGCCUGCGCUACCGCAUCCUCGACUACAAGGCGAAGCUGGCGGUGGUCGUGUUCCUGCUAGUGCUCGAGUCGAGCCUGCUGCCCAUCUCGCUCUACUACGGUCUGGUGCUGGGCACGACGCUGCGGCGCGGCAUCGUCUUCGCCAUCAUCACCUCCUUCUUCGGCGUCGUCACAGGUAUCGAGUUCGGCCUGCGCUGCAUAAAGCUCAUCUGGAUGGGCGACACCUACCGCCCCCGCGGCGGCACCCGCUGGUCCUUCGACUUCACCCACUGGACCCUCUCCUUCGGCUACACCGUCAUGACCGCCAUCCUCAUCGGCGCCUCCAUCCCCCACGAUCCCCUCGUCCGGCCCCUCGCCAUCCCCGUCUCGCUCUUCUUCAUCCAGGUCGGCUGCCAGCUCGUCUGGUCCGGCUGCAUGAACCGCGCCCGCCGCCCGGCCCCCUUCAAGAUCAGCUCCGUCCCCAAGGGCGCCCGCGUACCACCCUUGGUCCUCACAAUCGUCGAGGACAUUGUCGGCGUCGACGGCGCCGGCGGCCGUAAGUACCGAGACGCCCUCAUGGCCCGCUACGAGGCCAGCCCCCGCUUCCGGCACAUGAUUGCCCAGCAGAAUUGGUUCUGGGCCGCCGGCGCCCUGAUCGACAGCAUCGGCACCUUUAUCGUCAUCUGGACCGUGCCCGAGAAAGUGGCCUACGGAGUCGGCUGGGGAAGUCCCUUGAUCUUCGUCGUCAUCUGGACCACCAUCACGGUCCACUGGGUGCGCCUCUCACUCAGGCGCGAGAAGGAGCUCUGGCGAGCGGAGCAUCCCAGGGAGAAACAACGGGGCUCGGUCACGCAGGAAACAAGCUAGUAAUAAUUACUGCCUUGAGCAACACAUUUCGCAUAUUAACCAACACAAAAUUUUCAAAUGAUUACGGGGCAGCGGCAUGGAGACGAAACAUCGCCCCGCCCAUCUCUCUGCCACUGCCUCGUUUCCAAAUCAUGAAGAUAUGGGAGCACAGGGCCGAGCCCAAGGUCAGCUG